GCCAGCAAUCCCGCGCGGAGACAUUCUUCCCCUCUUCCGCUCCGGAAGCGCGACUGCGGAGGGGAUUACCACGUGACCUUGACGUCAACGCGCCCGCGCCAGGCGGACCUGAUUCCCUCGGCUUCCCAGGGGUCUUGGUUUGUGGCUUAUCUGCUUUCCACUCUGGUGCUGCGCAGUUCGCGGUCCUCGCUCAAGGCCCCCUGGGCCUGGCCUCCAACUUCAGUAUGUACCACAAUAGUAGCCAGAAGCGGCACUGGACUUUCGCCAGUGAGGAGCAACUAGCCCGGUUGCGGGCCGACGCCAACCGCAAAUUCAGAUGCAAAGCAGUGGCGAAUGGGAAGGUUCUUCCAAAUGACCCAGUCUUUCUUGAGCCUCAUGAAGAAAUGAUACUCUGCAAAUACUAUGAGAAAAGAUUAUUGGAAUUCUGUUCAGUGUUUAAGCCAGCAAUGCCAAGGUCUGUUGUGGGUACGGCUUGUAUGUAUUUCAAGCGUUUUUAUCUUAAUAACUCAGUUAUGGAAUAUCACCCCCGGAUAAUAAUGCUCACUUGUGCAUUUUUGGCCUGCAAGGUAGAUGAAUUCAAUGUAUCUAGUCCACAAUUUGUUGGAAAUCUGCGGGAGAGUCCUCUUGGACAAGAGAAAGCGCUUGAACAGAUUUUGGAAUAUGAACUGCUCCUUAUACAACAGCUUAAUUUCCACCUUAUUGUCCACAAUCCUUAUAGACCUUUUGAGGGCUUUCUCAUUGAUUUAAAGACUCGAUAUCCCAUGUUGGAGAAUCCAGAGAUUUUGAGGAAGACAGCUGAUGACUUUCUCAGUAGAGUUGCAUUGACGGAUGCUCACCUUUUAUACACACCUUCCCAGAUUGCCCUGACUGCCAUUUUAUCUAGUGCAUCCAGAGCAGGAAUUACUAUGGAAAGUUAUUUAUCAGAAAGUCUGAUGCUUAAAGAGAACAGAACUAGCCUGUCACAGUUACUAGAUAUUAUGAAAAGCAUGAGAAACUUGGUAAAAAAAUAUGAACCACCCAGAUCUGAAGAAGUUGCUGUUCUGAAACAGAAGUUGGAGAGAUGUCACUCUGCUGAGCUUGCACUUAACGUAAUUACCAAGAAGAGGAAAGGUUAUGAAGAUGAUGAUUAUGUCUCAAAGAAAUCCAAACAUGAGGAGGUAUGUUCUCAAAGGAAGAAUGGACUGAUGAUGACCUGGUAGACUCCCUGUAACCAUCCGAAAGUGACCUGUUAAUACUCGCUAAUCAACAGAUAGAUUUAUAUGAGAUCAAACAUCUUCAAAUGGGCCAGAAUAGCAUCUGGUUUGGGUAACCUUGCUCCCUCCCAUGACUAAUAUCAAAUCACUCUUUCUGGGGUAGCGAACUUACCUUUACCUUUUUUUUUUUUUUUUAAAGGCACCAUAAACAAACUUAGUUUUAAAAGUGCUAAGGAACAUUGGCUUUUAUAGCAUUUGCUCAAUUAUUUAACAUGCAUGUUUUAAGUUGGAAUCAAAUUAUAUAGGUCUAUCAGUUUUUUUUCUGCAGAAUGGCGUUGAAGGAAUUCUGAGAAACUGUAAUGCCCUGUAUCUAAGUUUUAGAGAUGUAUACCUCUUAGUGUCAUUGUAGGAUUUCCAUAAAGUGUAGGUACCAUUUAAUGACAUUUCAGUAUUAUAUGCAUAUUUUUGUUUAAUCUUUAUAUUUUAGGUUUGAAUAUUUUUUAGUUUAGUUUCCUUCUCAUUGUGGAAUGAAAGGAAUAAAAUUCAUGAAAUGUGACUGUAUAAAAGCAGAGUAGAAGCUGAAAUUAGCCAUCCCCCAUUGUAAUCCAGGUUAAGUAGCAUAGCUGCCAGAUUAUAGAAGGGCAAACUAUUCACAAUUUUCUUUUAGGUUACUAAUGUUUGGCAUCAGAGCAAGGUCCACAUGUAUCUCUGAAAAUUCCCCUACCCACCACCUUUGAAUAAAUGUUUAGAGGUUUCAUUUCA